UCGGUAGCGCCCCCUAUUGGAUUGGAGUCAAUCGUGACUUGAGUUUUUUCUGACCAAUCAGAAACUGCUUUGCAGUGAGGUGGAUGCACGUUCUACGCAUGCGCACAAGCGGCAGUGUGUGAUGUGAAAAGAAGAGAUAAACAAAAAUGGAUCCACAGAAAGAUGUGCCACCGCCCAAACAGCAGCCUAUGAUCUACAUAUGUGGAGAAUGUCACACUGAGAAUGAAAUUAAGGCCCGUGAUCCAAUCCGAUGCAGAGAAUGUGGUUACAGGAUCAUGUACAAGAAGAGAACAAAGAGACUGGUUGUCUUUGAUGCCCGAUGAAGACAAGAAGAGCAUCCAUUUGGAUUUUUUUGUGUGCUAUUUUUGUAGUGUACGGGCAUGUAAAUAAAUUAAUUGAAAACUCCCAAAUGUUUUGACGUUCAGGUAUGACUACAGAUUUCUGAUUAAUGGUUAAAUUUCAACUUUCAUCAUUUAAUUUCACAAGUAUUGAGUUUUUUUUAAGUAAAAGGUGAAUUUUGGUUCAUUAAAGAAGAUUUUCACCUGU